AUGGAAUUCUCUUGCAAGGAUUUCAAGGUGGGAAAGUGUGAGGGUGAGAAGGUGGUGCACGGUGAGACCAUGCCACUAGUGCUACAACCCCCAGAGCCUAGCAAGAAGGACCUGGAGUCUCUCCUCUUGGCUCUGAGGAACAACAAGGAGUGGUUUGACCAAAUGGUGAUCAAGAACAGUGCUGUCCUCCUCAGGGGCUUCGACGUCACCAAGGCUGAGGACUUCAACGACAUUGUGGAGGCCUUCGACUGGGAUGACAUCCGCUACGUUGGGCCGGCACCAAGGACUCAUGUCUACAAACGUGUGUGGACAGCCAAUGAAGGACCCCUCUCUGAAUUCAUAUACUAUCACCAUGAAAUGGUCCUAAUUAAGGAAUAUCCGAAAAAGGUGAUACUUUUCUGUGAGGUACCGCCGCCAGAAGGUGGACAGACGCCUUUCGUGCCAAGCUUCCGGGUAACGGAACAGAUGCUGGAAGAGUUCCCGGAAGUGGUGGAGGAAAUCGAAGAGAAAGGGUUGAAAUACACAUUCACUGCUCUAAGCAAGAACGAUACCUCUUCCAUGAGAGGUAGAGGCUGGGAGGAUACUUUCGGAACUUCAGACCGUGCAGAAGCUGAGAGAAGGGCAAAAGCUUUAGGGAUGGUGUUGGAGUGGCUACCAAACAGCGGGGUUAAGGCGAUCCUGGGGCCGAGGUCUCUAACAAAGGUGUUCGAAGGAAGGAAAGGGAGAAGGAUGUGGUUCAACACUGUGGUGGGGAUGCACGGAAAGGAGAUCAGCUCGGCAAUCAUGGCAGAUGGAAGUGAGAUACCAGAGAAGGUAGUGAAGAGAUGUGAAGAGAUCAUUGAAGAAGAGAGCAUCCAGUUUAAGUGGGAGAAAGGUGAUGUGCUCUUCUUGGAUAACUUGGCUGUGCUUCAUGGAAGGAGGCCUUCUCUUGCUCCCAGAAAGGUCUUGGUUGCUACAUGCAAGUAGUUAUUACAAUGGUGUGGUGUUGUUAAUCCAAGAAUCAACUAGAA